AUGGCGGAACCCGUUGCCGAGACGCGACCAGUCGACGAGGCUGCGCCUGUUUCAGAGGCAAUUGCCGAAGAGACCAGCAAUACUGAAGUUGCUGGAGAAGUUGAAGCAGAGGCAGAGGAAAACGACGAUGCGGCGGCUCCCGCAGAGGCAGACCUAGAGUCCGAGGUGGACGAUGACAUCAAGUCGAAAAAGGUCACCCUCGCCGACUUGAGUGCUAAGGGCACCGCGCUCUACGCCCACAAAAAGUACGAGGGCGCCGCCGACAUCUUUUCGAGAGCGAGCAUCCUCCAGGCAGAGAUCAAUGGCGAGACCGCACCGGAGAACGCCGAGAUCCUGUUCCACUACGGCCGCAGCUUGUUCAAGGUCGGCCAGAGCAAGAGCGACGUCCUUGGCGGCUCUGCGCCCGCCGAGAAGAAGACAAAGGCAAACGGCGGUGCUUCCUCCAAGAAGGCUGCCAAGCAGGACGAGGAAAAGGCUGCCACUACCACUGCCGCGGAGGGAAAAGAGAACAAGGGCGAUGAAAAGAGCGAUGUUCCGGAGGGCAAGAAGCUCUUCUUUCAGUUCACAGGCGACGAGAACUUUGACGACGAGUCUGACGAAGAUGAGGGCCAGCAAGAGGGAGACCAAGACGAGGAAGAAGAUGACGACCUUGCCACUGCCUUUGAGAUUCUCGAUCUCGCUCGCGUCUGCUACCACAAGCAGCUGGAGAAGCUGAGAGAGGAAGAAGAGGCAGAGGGCAAGGGCAAAGAAGCCGCCAAGGAAGACUCUUCAGCCGUCAGACACAUCAAAGAGCGCCUCGCAGAGACCCACGACUGCCUCGCCGAGAUUUCGCUUGAGAACGAGCGAUACCCCAACGCCAUUGAGGAUGGUCGCACGUCUCUCAACUACAAGAUUGAUCUGUACCCCGAAGAGUCUGAAAUCAUCGCCGAGGCGCACUAUAAGCUCUCUCUUGCGCUAGAAUUUGCCUCCCUUACCGUUGCUGAUGAUGAGGGCAAAAACACCAAGCGCGAGGAGAUUGACCAGACCCUGCGCGACGAAGCUGUUGUCGAGAUGGAGGCGGCGAUUAAGAGCUUUAGGCUCAAGAUGCAGACUAUCGAAGUCGAAAUCGCUAGCUCAGCAUCCCCAGAAGACAAUGAGCUAUCGCGCAAGGCCGUCGAGGAGAUGAAGGAGGUCAUUGCCGACUUGGAGCAAAGACUUGUCGACCUCAAAAAGGAUCCUCUCAGCGCCAAUGACCUACUGAGCGAAGGAGUCAACCCUCUAGGCGGCCUUCUCGGCGCUGCCCUCGGCGGAUCCGCUGCUGAAGUGCAAGCCCGCGUCGAAGAGGCCACCAAGAACGCCGUGGACCUUUCAGGCCUUGUGCGAAAAAAGAAGCCCAAGGAUGACGAGGCUGCUACUCCUGCAAACGGUGGUAAGCGCAAGGCCGACGAGGAGUCUACCGAGCUUGAAUCGAAGAAGGCCAAGGUGGUGGACGAGCAGCCUGCCGAGGCUGAGAAAUAA